CCUCAUGCUAUUCGCGAAAUAGACUGAACUGGGUUAAGGUUUUCACAUGAUGUAGUCAGUUUGGCUGGUGAUCUCUGCCUAGUAACUUCACCUAUGUGCGAAAUGAAAAUUUUCUACACUUUUCUACAGCUGCUGUUACCAUUUACAGAUGGACAGCGAGAUUUACAACAGCUUGCGCAUCUUUCCGUCGAAAAGGGAGGCUUGAUCUCGUUAGAUUGUUUCCAUUCAGUACCUAACCUACAAAGAUUCGAAGCACGGUGGGUUUUCCGCAAUAAUAACCAAGCACCUCCAAAGAUCAUUGCCAACCUAUCGACCAGUGUAUCCCAAGUGACUCAUUAUCGAUAUUUUGCAAUGCAUAAUUUCCAUAAGAAAGCAUUCACCUUAAGGAUUACUGAUGUUCAAGUCAGUGACACAGGACGCUACCACUGUGAGAUGUUUCAGACCGCGCCUCCACCGAGUGGUAAAAGAAUUGGCAAAGGAACGAUGCUGAGUGUAACAGCUCCUCCUUCUCUUUGGCUAUUUAUAUCUUCUAAAGAAACAGUUUCUUCAUCUUCAGCUAUAAUCAACUGUUCAGCACAUGAUUUUUAUCCAAAAACAAUCAUAAUGAUGUUUCAAACAACCUGCCUCAUCAACCAGCUCACCAAUGAAAGCCAGAUAUCCAACCCUGAUGGAAUGUACAACUACAUAGCCAUUGUUAAUAUCUCCACUGAAAACUGCAAUAACUCAAACAAAUUCACUUGUAUAAUUCAGCAUCCUGCUUCACAAUUCAAGACAAACCACACCAUCCUCAUUCAUGUACACCCAAGAGAUGAAGAUCAUAAUGGACAUCUUUGGAUGCUGCCAUUCAUUUUACUUUCCAUUUGCGGUGGAAUAGCUUGUACUAUUCUUCUUGUGCUUUUUCUCAUAAAAUACAUACAUGGAAGAAAAGGAACUCAAGGAAGAAAAGGAAAUCAUGCAAGUAAUCAAAGUUUGCGCUGUAGACAAGAUAGCAUCAUAAAUGAGGAGAGCAGCGGGAAUAAUAUAUGUUAUGCAGAACUGCAAUUGGAAAACUUGCAGCAGACAUUAAAACAAAAGGAAGAGGAGACUGUCUACAGUUCAGUGCUUCACUCAAAUUCUGGUGAAUAGGACACCCAAGAAGUACUGACAUGGAUCAUUGGCUACCUUGUUUAAAGUAAGCUAGUUAUAACAGUGACUAGAAUUUAACAUAAAUAAGGCAAAGGCUUUGCUACUGGCAUACAACAUAGAGAUGAAACAGGAAAGCUUUACACCGACCCCGAGUUUCCCUCCACUCUCCUGACUUAGAACUCUAUCACUGUUCCUUCAGAGUCACAAGGUUUGACUCAGCUUCAUACCUCCACCAGAAGGACUGCAGCAGUUCAAAAAAGCAGCUCAAAACUGCCUUGGGCAAUUAGGGAUAGACAAUAACUGCUGGCCUAGCUAGCAACAAACAAAUCAGUUGAACAAAUAAAAAUAUUUAAAAAUAUUUGAUCGUGAUCAUUCUUUCAGUUUAUUUCACUUGGAGUUCUAGCUUGAAGUUGGACAGUUAGCUGUGUGUUAUAUUUGUACAUUAAUGUAUACAUGCCUUUAUGCUUUGUGUAAUGUCUGUGUGUGUCAUUAUGUGCUAUCUGCCUGCUCCACUUGCAUUUGUGUAUUGUAUUUUUUGUACCUUCUCCACCAGUUGUAUGUUUGCAUGCUAUGUAUGUACUAUAUAUAUAUAAGUAUUUCCUACAAAA